UGGAUGCACACAGCAGGCCAUGCAGCAUCAGAGGAGCAGGAAAGCUGACGUUUCGGGUCUGGACCCUUCUCUGAUGCUGCCGGGCCUGCUGUGUUCACCAGCUCCACACCUUGUUAUCUCAGACUCCAGCAUCGGCAGUUUCUAAUAUCUCUGAGUAAUUCAUGAGGCGUUGGCGCAGGCUCUGAGAGAUAAACUCCACGUUAGGCUCUGUCAUACAGGCCAGGCCGCACCGGUUAUACCGAAAGAGAGCGUGCGCGAGACUCGCUCCCAAACCGCGCGCGCGCCCGAUUCAACACACCGUCAUUAUGUACCGAACCGGUACAGGGAGACGAGUUCACUCCCGGUCAAACCCACCAGAAGCUCCUUCUGGAUCCUUCCACUCACCAACCAACUGCCUAGCCGGGAACUCUCUGGAAAACGCUAGUUCGAAGAGUUUUCGACCACGCAUACGCGGAGAGCCAAACCCCGCCAACUGCCGGAUCGCUUCACGACAGGAUGUCGGUUCCUUACUGCCGUAAACUGGAACAGCUCGGGACAAGGCGGAUGGUCGUGUCUUCUUAGCGAUGAGCUGCAGGUCGAUAACUGUCUUUUCGUUUGUUGGAAAAUUGUCGAGGGCAAGAAUAUUUCAUAGUACCCGGGUAAAGGAAGCUGGAGGGGACAAAUACGUGGUGUUGGCAGGAAGGUGCUGUCCAGUUUCGAGCAGUGCUGCUGAUCAAAGUGAAAAUGGUGCCGAGAUUUCAAGUUUCCAGCCUCCUGCGGACUUGCACCAUGACUGGGUUGGCCCUCCAGAUAGGCUUUCAAACCUAAGACCUAUGAAGUUUUAUACACCAAAGCUUGAAUCCAAACUGGAGCAGGAGCUGAGGAAUUUAAGGAUGGACACACAAGACUGGAACCAGAACUUUUGGUUGAAUCAGAACAUAACUUUCAACAAGGAGAAAGAGAAGUUCAUACACUCCCGCUUAAAGGCAAAAGGAAUCGGUUUAAGAGAUGAGGAAGGGAGAAAAAAUACUCUCAGUGCAGAAGAGAUGGCUGAAUUUUAUAAGGAAUUUCUUGAUAUAAAUUAUAAUAAACAUGUGAACUACAAUAAGGAAUGGUACAAGCGUAAUUUUACUAUCACAUGGUUAAUGGGUCGAGUUGUACUGCAGAAUGCCUGGAGGAAAUGGAGAAGGAGGAAGGAAGUCGAACAAUGAAAAUCCUGUUCUAUGAAAACUUUAAUUUCUUUUGGCCAAUCCAACUACUGGUCAGCGGUGAUUUCAAGACUCAUUGACAAUGGUCCUCUUGGAGGUUGAGAGAUUACUGGACAUCCUCUUGUUUGAUGUGAUCAUUACCAAGACAUUAUGUUGUGCCACGUCUCCUACUACUUUUCUGCUGAUGACUGGAUUUAUGAUGUAGAUUGGCAUGGAGCAUUUCAAUAUCUUAUGAGUUGCUUCUUAGCAUAUCAUUGUGUGUACUGCUUGACAACUUCGAACUGAACCACCCUGAAUUUCAAUUCACAGCCUAUGUUAGCCCAUUUUGACUCUACCUGGUUUUCUUGCCUCAAACUUCUCCGAUUUUGACAUAUGCAUCCUUUCUGUAUAUGUGCCAAAUUUCAAGUUCAUUACUACUCUGCUCUGUUAAACUGCAAGCUAUUACAAAGAGAUGUGAAUUCAAAUGUAAGUAAGAAAAAUUACUUCAUAUUUAGUACUUCAUGCAGAGGUUGAUAAAGAUUGAGUAACUAACCAGGGAUGUCAUGUAAGCAAAAGUGUAUCACUUUUUAAUUGAUAAGAUUAUUAAAGUGUAAAAAGUCUA